AUGCAUGACGUUCUAAAACGUGCUGGAAUGGCAGAAUGUAAACCAUUGUCUACUCCUAUUUAUUCCUCCAAAAUCGUGAGUACCAACACAGAUUUAUAUGAUGAUGCCACACAGUACAGGAGUUUAGCAGGUGCUCUACAGUAUUUAACUAUCACUCGUCCUGAUUUUUCCUUUGAUGUCAAUCAGUUAUGUCAACACAUGCAUGCUUCUGCCAUUACUCACCGAGAGCAUCUAAAAAGAGUCUUGAGAUAUGUUAAAGGAACUGUUAAUUUUGGUUUACGAGUUAGGCAGUCAACUUUAAGAGAAAUUCAUGCCUUUUCUGAUUCUGACUGGGCUGGCUAUCCAGAAGAUAGAAAAUCUACAAGUGGCUAUGCUGUAUUUCUUGAUUCUAAUCUUCUAUCAUGGGUCUGCAACAAACAAAGAACUGCUGCUAGAUCUUCUACAUAG